CACACAAAGCUGCGUAUAGAGGAAGCACAGUAGCGCCCUCUAGUGUUCGAGUGCCUCAGCGCAGCCUGGCUAAACUGCGGCGUCUCUGCACGCACUUUGCCACCGCGUCGUUCCGCAGCAAUAACGUGACGAAGACGCACAAAUUGUCAAAAUGGUUAACUUCACGGUGGACCAGAUCCGAGCCAUCAUGGACAAAAAGUCCAACAUCAGGAACAUGUCCGUGAUCGCCCACGUGGAUCACGGCAAGUCCACGCUGACGGACUCGCUGGUGUCCAAGGCGGGCAUCAUUGCCUCAUCCCGCGCCGGAGAGACUCGUUUCACAGACACACGCAAAGACGAGCAGGAGCGUUGCAUCACCAUCAAAUCCACGGCCAUCUCCUUAUACUAUGAGCUCAGCGACAAGGACUUGGUCUUCAUCAAGCAGUGCAAAGAUGGAAACGGCUUCCUCAUCAAUCUCAUUGAUUCUCCGGGUCAUGUUGACUUCUCAUCUGAGGUUACUGCGGCCCUCAGGGUGACCGAUGGAGCCUUGGUGGUGGUGGACUGUGUCUCUGGGGUGUGCGUGCAGACGGAGACUGUACUGCGGCAGGCCAUCGCUGAGCGCAUCAAGCCAGUUCUGAUGAUGAACAAAAUGGACCGGGCCUUGCUGGAACUUCAGUUGGACACAGAUGAGCUCUUUAGGACCUUCCAGCGGAUCAUAGAGAACGUUAACGUCAUUAUUUCCACCUAUGGAGAGGAUGAGGGGGGACCCAUGGGCAACAUCCUGAUUGAGCCCGUUAUAGGUACGGUGGGCUUUGGAUCCGGCCUCCACGGCUGGGCUUUCACAUUGAAGCAGUUUGCUGAGAUGUAUGUGGCCAAGUUUGUUGCUAAAGGAGAAGCUCAGAUGAGUCCAGCAGAGAGGUGUAAGAAAGUGGAAGACAUGAUGAAGAAACUGUGGGGGGACAGAUAUGUCGAUCCGAGCACCGGCAAGUUCACCAAGACGGCCACGGGUCCCGAUGGCCAGAAAUAUCCUCGCUCUUUUUGCCAGUUUAUUUUGGACCCGAUCUUUAAGGUGUUUGACGCUAUCAUGAAUUUCAAGAAGGAUGAGACGAGCAAACUCAUCGACAAGCUUGACAUCAAGCUGGAUUCGGAGGACAAAGAGAAGGAGGGGAAGCCUCUAUUGAAGGCGGUGAUGCGUCGCUGGCUGCCUGCCGGGGAGGCCCUGCUCCAGAUGAUCACCAUCCACUUGCCCUCACCUGUCACCGCUCAGAAAUACCGCUGUGAGCUGCUCUACGAGGGCCCGGGAGAUGAUGAAGCCGCCAUGGGUAUUAAGAACUGCGAUCCCAAAGCUCCCCUGAUGAUGUACAUCUCCAAGAUGGUCCCGACCACUGACAAGGGUCGCUUUUAUGCAUUUGGCCGUGUGUUUUCCGGAUGUGUGUCCACCGGCCAGAAGGUGCGCAUCAUGGGGCCAAACUUCACCCCUGGGAAGAAAGAAGAUCUCUAUAAUAAGCCCAUCCAAAGGACCAUCCUAAUGAUGGGAAGAUAUGUGGAGCCUAUUGAAGAUGUUCCAUGUGGUAACAUUGUAGGCCUCGUCGGAGUCGACCAGUUCCUGGUGAAGACGGGGACCAUCACCACUUUUGAACAAGCCCACAACAUGAGGGUGAUGAAGUUCAGCGUCAGUCCCGUCGUCAGAGUUGCCGUGGAGGCCAAGAACCCGGCCGACUUGCCCAAGCUGGUGGAGGGCCUGAAGCGCCUGGCCAAGUCUGACCCCAUGGUGCAGUGCAUCAUCGAAGAGUCUGGGGAGCAUAUCAUUGCAGGAGCAGGAGAGCUGCACCUGGAAAUCUGCCUCAAGGACUUGGAGGAGGACCAUGCUUGCAUUCCACUGAAGAAAUCAGACCCAGUUGUGUCUUACAGAGAGACAGUAACUGAGGAAUCACACCAGAUGUGUCUCUCCAAGUCUCCAAACAAGCACAAUCGUCUCUUUAUGAAGUCCCGUCCUUUCCCGGACGGCUUGGCCGAAGACAUCGAGAAGGGUGACGUCACGGCCCGCCAGGAGCUGAAAGCUCGCGCGCGUUACCUGGCCGACAAGUACGAGUGGGAGGUGACCGAAGCCAGGAAGAUCUGGUGCUUUGGUCCGGAUGGAACCGGGCCCAACUUGCUCAUCGACGUGACCAAGGGGGUCCAGUACCUCAACGAGAUUAAGGACAGCGUGGUGGCUGGUUUCCAGUGGGCUACUAAAGAGGGCGCACUAUGUGAGGAGAACAUGCGCGCGGUCCGUUUCGACAUCCACGACGUGACGCUGCACGCCGACGCCAUCCACCGCGGUGGAGGGCAGAUCAUUCCCACGGCCCGCAGGGUUCUGUACGCCUGCCAGCUCACUGCUCAACCUCGCCUGAUGGAGCCAGUCUACCUGGUGGAGAUUCAGUGCCCUGAGGCAGUGGUGGGCGGGAUCUACGGUGUUCUGAACAGGAAACGAGGUCACGUGUUUGAGGAAUCUCAAGUGAUCGGAACGCCCAUUUUUGUGGUUAAAGCCUACCUGCCUGUCAACGAAUCCUUUGGAUUCACUGCCGACCUGCGUAGUAACACCGGGGGUCAAGCCUUUCCUCAAUGCGUGUUUGACCACUGGCAAAUCCUCCAAGGUGACCCCAGAGAUCCCGCCAACAAACCCUUUCAAGUAGUUGCUGAAAUUAGGAAGCGUAAAGGGCUCAAAGAGGGCAUCCCCGCUCUGGACAACUACCUGGAUAAAUUGUAAUAACUAACCCUUGAUUUACGUACAUAUUAUCACUCAAUUCUUAAGUUUGUGGGCACUUUAAAAAAAUAUUUGCACCUGCUUUAAAAGUUUGCACAUAAGUCCAAUUUGAAGUCUCCACUUCAAAAAAAAAAAAAGCUUAUGCAUGUGUUGUUGUAGGCUGGUGGGGGCAAUGAUGUUUACCUCACAGAAACAGUACACCAAGUGCCUAGGCCAAAGGUUCCGGGGAGUAGAACUGUUCGAUGAUCAUUUAAUUCUUUGAAUUAGUCGUUUACAUCGCCCCCUUUUGCCAUUUUCAUCUGCCACAAUGGUGCACUGUCAUACUGCUGCAAUAAUGUCAUAAGUUGACUGCAAGCAAGAAUGUUUCACAAGUGGUCAAGCUCUCAUUGAACCUUGCUGAUCAGAAUGAAUAAAACAUUCAAGUGCA